AUGGGAUCUGUAGCAACAUGUCUAAAUUCUGUUUUACAGAAUAAGCUUGCUCUUAAAUUAGCUAUUACAGAAAUAGCAUAUAAUAAUAAUAAGGAAUUACUAAAAUCAAUUUACAAGACUAUUAAAGAUGAUACACCUGAAUUAUAUAAAAUUGCAAUUAGGAUUCUUAAAAUUCCCUCUUUAUCAGCAGCCUCAAAGCGUAAUUGGUCUGCUUUCUCUCGAAUCUAUAAUGAUAGAAGAUUACAAUUAACUAAUAAUAGGUUGGCACAACAAAACUUAAAUCAAAAUAAUGAUAUUUUAUUGGAUUUAAUAGAUAAUGAUUUAGGUGAAGAUAAUGAAGAAACAUUAAUGAAUAAUAAUGAAGGGAUUGAUAGUGAAGAAGUCGACAGUAAUAAAAUUAGUGAUGAAGAAAUAGAUGCGAAGAGUCAUAUAGUGAAUAGAAAAUAA